AUGAAUUUUUAUGGAGAUGGUAUUGAUGAAUAUGAUGAGCUAGUUGUUGCAAUUAAUGGCAUUAAUUUUUCUCGUCGUCAACCAAAGAAGCGGGAUCUGGAUUUAAAGAAUCGAGGCACUCCACAUGCAAAACCAUCCAUUUAUGAGCCUCUAAAAUCGGAGUUUAAACCUUUUCCUUCUCAUUUGCGGUAUGUGUUCUUGGGCCAAAAUAGUACUUUGUCAGUUAUUAUUGUUGCUGACUUAAAUGAAGGGCAAGUAGGGGCAUUGACAUCGCUUAUGCUAGAUAGAAAACCAAGUAUUGAGCACCAAAGAAGAUUGAAUGCACCGAUGCAAGAAGUUGUGAAAAAGGAAAUCAUCAAGUGGUUAGAUGUUGUUGUCAUUUAUCCCAUUGCUGAUAGUAGUUGGGUGUGUCUAGUUCAAUGUAUUCCAAAGAAGGGAGGAAUAAUUGUGGUUCCAAAUGUAAAGAAUGAACUCGUUCCAAUGAGGCCGGUGAUUGGUUGGAGAAUUUCUAUAGCUCCGGAAAACGACGAGAAGACCACUUUCACUUGCCCUUAUGAAACGUUUGCUUUCAGAAGGAUGUCAUUCGGGCUGUGUAAUUCACCGAUGACUUUUCAAGGUUGCAUGAUUUCUAUAUUUUCUUAUAUGGUGGAGGACACAAUAGAAGUAUUCAUGGAUGAUUUCUCAGUGGUUGGUGACUCGUUUGAUGAUUGCUUGGUAUAUUUAGGUGAAGUGCUAAAACUGUGUGAAGAAUGCAAUCUUGUUCUCAAUUGGGAGAAAUGUCAAUUUAUGAUGAAAGAGGGUAUAGUUCUGGGUCAUAGAAUUUCAAGGAAGGGCAUCGAAGUUGAUAGAGCAAAAGUUGAAGUGAUAGAAAAGCUACCACCAUCAAUCUCUGUGAAAGGUGUUGGAAGUUUUCUUAGGCAUGCAGUUUAUUAUAGGAGGUUCAUAAAGGAUUUCUCAAAAAUUGCACACCCAUUGUACAAACUACUCAAAAAGAAUCAAAGUUUGAGUUUGAUAAUGCUUGUUUGA